AUGUCCACCAACAUAAUUUUCUCCGCCUUUCCUCCCUACAAUACUUUCAACAUCGCUCUUCCUAAUGACACCCUGGUCGCUGAUAUUUCGACCCACGUUGCUUCUCGCAUCCCUGGCGCCGAAAACCUUCAGUAUUCUCUUGUCUCUGGUGUUCCUCUUCCCGUUGUCGACACAUGCAUCUCCGCACUUGCCUCCGGAUCUUCUUAUGUACGGCUGCGUGUGACUCCGAGGAUUCUUGGUGGAAAAGGAGGCUUUGGGUCUCAGCUGCGUGCUGCUGGUGGCCGUAUGAGCAGCCAGAAGACCGAUAACAAGGACAGCUGUCGAGACUUAUCUGGAAGGAGACUGAGCACGAUCAAGGAAGCAAAGAAGAUGGCGGAAUAUCUCGAGUCUGAGCCGUUACGGCAAAAGGCAGCUAAGGAAGCUCAGAAAGCGAAGCUCGAGAAGCUUGAGCGCGAGCUCGGUGGGACACCCGGCAAUGCUGAAUCAUCCAAGCUUGAAGACACAUCUGUCGUCGCUGGCAAGAAACACCGAUUUGACGAUAUCGAAUACUUGAAGCAGUCCGAGGAGAUUGUCGACAGCGUCAAGAGCGCUGUCGUUGCUGGGUUGCUGAAGAAGCGAAAGAAGGCGAAGGUCUCGAAUGAAGAGAAAGCUACGGAAGCUGUGACAGCUUCGACGUCUUCAUCAGACGGUCCGCUAGCCGAAGUUACUCAGGCUGUGCUAGAAUCUCCUGUGACAGCACCAGUUGCUGCUGCCGCUGCUGUAGCAGCCGGCGUGGCGGCAAGUGCCUAACGGCUGUACUAGAGUAGGUCCUGUAUUGUAUGCAUAUUAUUGGUACAGAUGCAC